AUGAAAUUAAAAAUUGGAACCCUGGGAUUGCCAAACGUCGGGAAAUCAACCCUCUUUAAUGCCAUGGCCCAACAAUCCAUUGCGCAGGCGGCCAAUUUUCCUUUUUGUACCAUUGAUCCGAACGUGACACCGAUUGCCAUGCCCGAUUUAUAUUUGGAGGAGUUGGGCAAACUUGGCAAGAGUAUCAAGACGGUACCCGCAACGAUCGAGUGGGUGGAUGUAGCGGGCUUGGCCAAGGGAGCUCAUCGGGGAGAAGGACUGGGGAAUCGAUUCUUGGGGACCUUGCGAGAGUGUCGGGCAUUGUGUCACUUGACCCGAGCCUUUGAAGAUGAGAGUGUGGUGCAUGUGGAUGGAAAAGUGGAUCCCGUGGGGGAUAUAGAAGCGAUUGCUUUGGAAUUACUAUUGGCCGAUCAAGCUCAUGUGGAACGGCGGCUGGAACGGGGAGAUAAGGUACCAGAAGAAGAGAGGACUGUAUUGGAACAAGUGGCCUCUGGACUUGCCCUGGGGAAGCCCGCUAGGAGUCUGCAAUUGACAAAGGAAGAACAAUUGCACAUUCGAGGCAUGGGACUACUAACAUUGAAACCAGUGAUCCAUGCCUUUAAUGUGGACGAGUGCGAUUACUUGUUGGAUCGGGAGGCGACCUUGGAACGGAUCCAAUCAGAAAUUGUUUCCAAGCUGGAAUUUUUUGAUCCAACAACGGACGUUUGGACCAUUGUCAGUGCCAAGGUGGAAUCAGAAAUGGUCAGCAAAUCACCAGAGGAACUUGCGGUAUACUUGGAAUCCUUGGGCGUCGAAGAGGACUUUGAUAGGAAGUUAUUAUCCUACCAUCAAUUGCCUCAAUUGGUGGCACAUGUCUUGGGUCUAAAGUUGAUUUAUACAGGACCAGGAGUGCCACCGGAGCGAUCACAGACGACCAAGGCACAUUUACUGUCGGGGCCUUUGACGGCCGAGGGGUUGGCGGGACGAAUACAUGGGGAAAUUGAAAGUGGAUUCAUCAAGGCAGAGGUCAUAUCGGCCGCCAAUCUACUAGAGCAUGGUACUUACAAUGCUGCCAAGGAUACGGGGAGUAUACGAAUGGAGGGAAGGGAAUACCAAUUGGAAAAUAACGAUGUUGUGUGCAUCAAGUGGAAAUGA